AUGGCGACCAAGUUGCCAGCGAUCCGACCCCACGCUCUUGUUGCGCAGCAGGCAGCCCAACGCCGACUCGGCAACGCCGUCGAGAUCUUGAGCUUGGUGCCGGUGAAGUCGAGCGGCCCAGACAUGUCGUACUAUGGUCACGCCGAUGAUGUCGACGAUGUGCAUACCGCGCCGCUGGCGAGCCCGGUGCCCUUCUUGAGCGUCGGGUCGUACGCGCAGCCCCACCGGUCGUACGCUCAGCAACUCGCCAGGCUGGACACGGCCGUUAUGAGCCGCGCCGCGCCGCCCCACGCUCCGCGGUGUUUGAUUAUCCCGGGAUGCUUUUCGCAACUCUUCGGCAAUCAAGAGAAAAUCGCGAAGUGGAUGAAGCUGUGCGAGAAGGUACGCAACAAAAACAUUGCACUUGAAGCGCCAAUCCAGGAGGAGAUCGACCAAUUUGGAGAAGGUAAAGCUUGUGCGACCCUAGCUGAGUUUGAGGCAGUUUACAAGGCUGGAUUCAUCGAGAAGGAUAACGCAUACGAGGUCAAGAUGAAGGCCAAGGAAGACCAGCUGGCGAACGAGAGACGGUUAAGGGAGACAUUUGGGUCUGAUUCGGAUAGCGAAGAUGCCUAA